GUGUGUCUGUGUGUCCCUGUGUGUGAGUGUGUGUGUCCCUGAGAGCUGCAGCCGGAGCGGGAGAGGCUGCUUCAGCUGAGCCAGUGGCAGACCAGUUAGUACAUAACUAAUAGCGAGAAAGGAGGCUGGGGAGAGACUAGGAAGAGAAGCAACCGACCUUGUUAACAAAAGCUUGGUUUUGUCCCUGUGGACCCCACCGGCAGAGGGGACUGUGAGCUGCAGCUCUUCGCCAGGGUGUCAGGCUCUCUGCACAGUCAAAGGCAUCCUUAUCCUGCCCUUCUCAGGGGAGUCCUGAGGCUGGCAGUCGGGAAGUUUUCAAAGCCGCAGCAGCAGCCUGGAAGACCAGCAGAGAGACUGGCGCGAGAAUGUGAACUUCAAGUAUAUAUUUUUUUGUUGGGUGGGAUAAUGGAUUUUCAGUACAAAGAAACUUAAACUCAGCUGACCUGAAAGACUGGAAUUUCAGCUCUCUUCCUCCCCUGGGUUCCUCUUCCUCCCCCUUGCUCUCGAAGCCCUGUAAACCAGAUUACAGGGUCAGUGACUCUUCUGCCCACCAGUUCCAAGGGUUUCUUGCGUGGAAAGGAAAACCAGUACCUUGGGAAAAGGAUAGGAACUUGGACUCCAACUCUACCUCCUGGUUAAGAACUUCCUCUAAUAUAAUUGGAGAACCUGCUGCUGUCCCAGAGGUUGUGAAGUAAAAAGGAUUAGAAAAGCACUUGGGAGGCACAUUAAUCUUGCUGGCGUUGUCAGAAGUGAUCAGCGAGUUUUAUUAAAAGCCUCGGGAUUGCCUGAAAGGCCUCCUUGUGGAGCCUGAAAUGAAAGGGCAUGUUAAGAUCUCAGGGCACAUUGUCGGGACCCCUUGCCCUGCCCCUUAGACUAUGAGCUGACACUCCAGGAGGCAGCACAGAAACCCUCCUUUGUUGAAGGAUUUCGCUGGACGUGGACGGAAGCAAGCUGCCCCCGUCAGCAUGAACUCCCUGCGCUGGGCUGGGCCCGGGGCCCUGCUCCUGCUGCUCCUGCUGCUGCUCCUGCUCCUGCUCCUGCCCGAGGCCGGCCCCACCUUCGUCAGCGUGAACCGUGGACUCCGAGUGAUGAAGGGCGGCUCCGCCUUCCUGUCAGGAGAUGACCUGAAGUUUGCCAUCCCCAAAGAGAAAGAUGCCUGCAAAGUGGAAGUCGUGAUGAAUGAGCCAAUAACCCAGAGGGUUGGGAAACUCACUCCACAGGUCUUUGACUGCCAUUUUCUUCCCAACGAAGUGAAGUAUAUUCACAAUGGUUGCCCAAUUCUUGAUGAAGACGCAGUAAAGCUUAGACUGUACAGAUUUACUGAAACAGACACCUUCUCGGAAGCCUUUAUCCUGCGGGUUUAUCUCCUGGAACCAGACUGUAACAUCAUCCGUAUGAGUAACAAUGUGCUAGAGGUGUCUGAAUUCUAUGGCCUGUCCCGAGCGAUUGAUAAGAACCUCAUCAGAUUCGAUUAUGAAAGGCUGGCUGGCUUGGAAUGUACAGUCAGAAUGGACCCUGUGAGAACUUGGCUGCCGGCCCAUGGCCAAGUGGUUCAGGUGGAGCCUCAGCCAAAAGAACCUCGUGGAGAUCAACCACACAGUUUUUUCCCUGAGUCCCAACUGGGAACAGAACCGAAGUGUCCAGGAGGAAGUUGUACCCCAGGACUGAAGAAGAUAGGCAGUCUCAAAGUGAACUGCGAGGAGUUCCUGCUGAUGGGGCUUCGCUAUCAACAUAUGGCUCCCCCCCCACCCAUUGAUUAUAUCUCCAUCCGGCUGGACCUCACAGAUAGCAGGAGCAAAAUUGUGUACAAGUCAGAGAGUGCGUGGUUGCCCAUCUACAUCAGAGCUGGCAUUCCGAAUCAGAUACCCAGGGCUGCAUUCAUGGCCACGUUUAUUCUGGAAGUAGAUCAGUUCAUCCUGACCUCUUUGACUACAGCAGUUCUGGACUGUGAAGAGGAUGAGACACCCAAGCCCUUGCUGGUGUUCAACAUUACAAAAGCUCCACUCGAGGGCUACAUGACUCACCUCCUAGACCACACCAGACCCAUCUCCUCCUUCACCUGGAAAGACCUCAAUGACAUGCAGAUUGCCUACCAGCCUCCAAACAGCAGCCAUCUGGAGAGGAGACACUAUGAGGUGGAGCUGGAGGUCUACGACUUCUUCUUCGAAAAAAGCGCUCCUAUUACGGUUCACCUCUCCAUCAGAGCAGCAGACACAAAUGCCCCCCGAGUAUCCUGGAAUACAGGUCUGACUCUCUUGGAGGGACAAUCUCGAGCCAUCACUUGGGAACAGUUUCAGAUUGUGGACAAUGAUGACAUUGAUGCCGUCCAGUUAGUCAUCGUUGAUGGCCUACAGCAUGGUCGGCUUACAUUAAGAGGGGGAAAAGGAUUUCUCUUCACUGUGGCUGACCUUCAGGCUGGAGUUGUUCGCUAUCAUCAUGACGAUAGCGACUCCACCAAAGACUUUGUGGUCUUCAGAAUAUUCGAUGGCCUUCACAGCAUCCGUCACAAGUUUCCUAUCAAUAUCUUGCCCAAAGAUGACAGUCCCCCAUUUCUCAUAACCAAUGUUGUGAUUGAACUGGAGGAGGGACAGACCAUCCUGAUCCAGAGUUCAAUGCUGCGAGCUUCAGACAUGGAUUCCAGUGAUGACUACGUCUUCUUCAACCUCACAAAACCCCCACAGGCUGGAGAGAUCAUGAAGAAGCCAGGACCAGGACUGAUAGGCUAUCCUGUCUCUGGCUUCCUUCAGAGGGAUCUAUUUAAUGGGAUCAUUUACUAUCGUCACUUUGGUGGAGAAAUCUUUGAAGAUUCUUUUGAAUUUGUCUUGUGGGAUAGCCAUGAACCUCCAAACCUCUCAAUGCCACAGGUGGCGAUAAUCCAUAUCACUCCGGUCAAUGACCAGCUUCCAAAAGAGGCUCCAGGAGUUUCUCGGCAUUUGGUUGUCAAGGAAACUGAGGUGGCCUACAUAACUAAGAAACAUCUACAUUUUAUAGAUACAGAAUCAUAUGACAGGGAGCUGCUUUACACAAUUACGACGCCUCCAUUUUUCUCCUUCAGCCACAGAUAUUUGGAUGCUGGGAAAUUGUUUAUGGUGGACAGCAUACCAAAGCUAACCAAGACUCCUACGGCUCUGGGGCUGAGGUCUUUCACUCAGCAUGCUGUCAACCAUAUGAAAGUGGCCUACAUGCCGCCUAUGCAAGAUAUCGGCCCCCAGCUUCGACACGUCCAGUUCACAUUUUCCAUCAGUAACCAACAUGGCAGCACCUUGCAUGGGAUCUGCUUUAACAUUACAAUUCUCCCAGUGGACAACCACAUUCCCGAGGUACUCACCAGCCCUCUGAAGGUGACUGAAGGAGGUCAGUGCAUCAUCACCACAGAGCACAUUCUGGUUUCCGAUGUGGAUACCACACUGGACAAUAUCUACCUCUACCUGCAGGGACUGCCUCCGCAUGGAAGGGUGGAACUGAACGGAUUUCCGCUAAACACUGGAGGCACAUUUUCUUGGAGAGAUCUCCAUACCUUAAAAGUUAGGUAUCAACAUGAUGGCUCGGAGGUUCUUUGGGAUGACAUACCUUUGGAGGUCACAGAUGGCACAAAUUCAGCAGAAUUUGUUCUACACGUUGAGGUAUUCCCUGUAAACGAUGAGCCACCCGUCCUAAAGGCUGACCUCAUCCCCACGAUGCAUUGCGCAGAGGGUGGAGAGGUGGUCAUCACCUCCAAAUACAUUUUUGCUACUGAUGUGGACAGUGACGAUUUGAAACUGAUGUUUGUGAUUGCUCGAGAACCUCAGCAUGGGGUGGUGAGGAGAGCUGGAGUCACGGUGGACCAAUUCUCCCAGGGGGAUGUUAUAACAGGGGCUGUGACAUAUCAGCACACGGGUGGCGAGACUGGCCUGCAGCCUUGUUUUGACACCAUUACCUUGGUGGUCUCGGAUGGAGAAGCUGGCCCUUUUGUCAAUGGCUGUUGCUACAAUGGACCUAAUCUAUCUGUUCCUGGUCACAAGUCCUUUCCAACCUAUGAUCUUAACAUCACAAUACAUCCAGUAGACAACCAACCACCUUCAAUUGCAAUAGGUACCAAGUUCAUUGUAGAUGAGGGCUUCUCAGCAGCCCUCACCGUUAACCAUUUGUCCGCCACUGACCCUGACACGGCCACAGAUGACUUGGAAUUUGUUUUGGUUUCUCCUCCCCAGUUUGGCUACCUUGAAAACACACUUCCCUCUGUAGGUUUUGAAAAAAGCAACAUGGGCAUAAGUAUAGCAUCAUUCCUGUGGAAAGACAUGAAGGCUUUGCACAUUAACUACGUACAGUCCAGGCAUCUGAAAAUAGAACCAACCACCGACCAGUUCACGCUAUACGUCACGGAUGGGAAGCGACACUCCUCAGAGAUGCCAUUUUAUGUUCUAAUCAACCCCACAAAUGAUGAAGUUCCUGACUUUGUGGUGCACAAUAUUACUGUGUGUGAGGGUGGGAUGAAGGAGCUGGAUUCUUCCAUCAUCCAUGCUGCUGACCUGGAUACCCCCAAGGAUUCCUUGCUGUUCAGGAUCACCCAUAGGCCCCGUCAUGGCCUCCUCAUCGCCGGGGUGUCAGGUGAAGACCUUCCUCAGAAUAAGCAGCCCGCCAGUCCUGGACAGAAGCAUGAGCUUGUGCACAACUUUUCUAUGGAACUUCUUAAAACCGGAAUGAGGUUGAUGUAUGUGCAUGAUGACUCGGAGAGCCUGGCCGAUGACUUUACAAUCCAGUUGUCGGAUGGGAAACACAAGAUACUUAGAACCAUUUCAGUAGAGGUCACCCCCGUCAAUGACGAGAAGCCAAAGCUGAGCAAGAAGGCUGAAAUUGCAAUGAAUAUGGGUGAAACGCGUAUUAUUUCUAGUGCUGUUCUUUCAGCCAUAGAUGAUGACUCACCCAGGGAGAAGAUUUACUACGUAUUUGAAAGGCUUCCCCAAAAUGGGCAACUUCAGCUUAAGAUAGGGAGGGACUGGCUCCCUCUCCACCUUGGCAUGAAAUGCACUCAGGAGGAUGUGGAUCUGAACUUGCUGAGAUACACACACACUGGGGCAAUGGAUUCCCAGAAUCGAGAUAGCUUCACCUUCUACCUCUGGGAUGGCAGCAACAGAUCACCUGCUUUUGACUGUCACAUCGUCAUCAAGGACAUGAGAAAAGGUGAUAUUGUUCUUCUUGCAAAACCACUCGUGGUGUCGAAAGGCGGCAGGGGUUUCUUGACGACCACUACUCUCCUGGCCGUGGACGGCACAGACAAGCCUGAGGAACUGCUCUAUGUCAUCACCUCCCCACCACAAUAUGGCCAGGUCGAAUAUGCCAUCUAUCCGGGCGUCCCCAUUACCAGCUUCAGCCAAAUGGACAUAGCAGGACAGACAGUCUGCUACGUACGUAAGAGCCAAGCAGCUGUCCCCAGUGACACAUUCAGAUUCAUCAUCAGCAAUGGACUGCGAACCAGACACGGGGUGCUGGAGAUCACGCUGGAGCCUGUGGACACGGCCUUGCCUGCGUUGACCCGGAACAAGGGGUUGAGGCUGGCCAAAGGGGCCAUGGGUCUGCUGUCCCCUGACCUCCUGCAGCUGACGGACCCUGACACACCCGCAGAGAACCUCACCUUCCUCUUGGCCCAGCUCCCACGGCAGGGCCAGCUCCUCCUGCGGGGCAUGGCGCUGCUUCAGCGCAACUUCACUCAGCAGGAUGUGGACAGCGGGAACGUGGCCUAUCGGCACUGGGGAGGGGACCCCCAGCCUGACCGCUUCACUUUUGUGGCCACAGACAGGGUAAACCAAGGCUUCGUAGUGGAUGGAAGAGUGUGGGAAGAACCUGUUUCAUUCACUAUCCAGGUGGACCAGUUAGACAAAACAGCCCCCCAGAUCACAUGCUUGCAUUCCCCUUCUCAAGUGGGGCUGCUGAAAAAUGGCUGUUACGGGAUUUACAUCACUUCACGCGUAUUGAAGGCCUCAGACCCUGACACGGAGGACGAUCAGAUCGUCUUUAAGAUUUUACGAGGCCCACAACAUGGACGUCUGGAGAACACAACAACAGGUGAAUUUAUCCAUGAGAAAUUUAGCCAAAAGGACUUAAACAGUAAGACCAUUCUUUACAUCAUAAACCCAUCUUCAGAAGUAAAUUCAGAUAUUAUGGAAUUUCAAAUCAUGGACCCAGCCGGGAAUUCUGGUGCUCCUCAAAUUUUGGAAUUGAAAUGGUCUCAUGUCGAAUGGUCACAGUCUGAAUAUGAAGUCUGUGAAAAUGUGGGUGUGUUGCCCUUGGAAAUUACCAGAAGGGGAUACUCCAUGGACUCGGCUUUUGUGGGUAUAAAGGUCAAUCAAGUGUCAGCCACAGUUGGAAAAGAUUUCACCGUGACCCCGUCUAAACUGAUUCAGUUUGACCCAGGAAUGUCAACUAAAAUGUGGAAUAUAGCAAUUACCUAUGACGGAUUAGAGGAAGAUGAUGAGGUCUUUGAAGUAAUUCUGAACUCCCCUGUGAAUGCAGUUCUUGGCACAAAGACAAAAGCUGCAGUGAAAAUUUUGGACUCAAAAGGAGGACAGUGCCAUCCUUCAUAUUCCUUCAACCAAAGCAAGCAUAACGCAUGGGAGAAGGGCAUUUGGCACCCUCUGCCCCCAGGGUCUUUCUUACCCCCUGCUUCUGGGUCCUUUCAUGUGGAAAAAAGACCCCUUCCAUCUUCCCAGCGGCUAGAGGUCACCAAGGGAGACACCCUACAGGGCUUUGAUUCUAAAGAUCUUUCUCAAAGGAGGCUGAGGACCCACGGGAAUGGCAAAGUGGUCCAUCCAUCCUCUGUGUUUAAAAAUGGGACAGACAUCAUCUAUAAUUAUCAUGGGAUGGUUUCCUUGAAACUGGAAGAUGACAGCUCUCCAGUUCACAGAAGGAAGGCCAAAGUGUCCAUCAUUAGGCAGCCACAAAAGAUACUCAAAGUGGCAGAACUGCCUCAAGCAGAUAAGGUGGAAUCCACAACUGACUCACACUUCCUCAGACAGGACCAGUUGCCCUCAUUUCCAAAGAACUGCACUAUGGACUUAAAGGGACUCUUCCAUUUUGAAGAAAGCAUCCAGAAGCUGUAUCGAUGCAAUGGGAUUGCCUGGAAAGACUGGAGCCCCCAAACCAAGGAAGCAGAAGAAAAAUCCUGCCCAGCUGGAUCGCACCGUCACUCAGGCUACUGUCACACCUUGGUCACAGAGCAGAAAAGCACCUGGAAUGCAGCUGCCCAAGCUUGCAAGAGACAACACCUGGGCAGCCUUGCAACCGUGUUCUCCAGGCAGCACAUGCAGUGGCUCUGGGAUGUCAGUGGAAGACAGCCCUUUUGGAUAGGUUUAAAUGACCAAGUACAUGCUGGCCACUGGGAAUGGAUUGGUGGUGAACCUGUUACUUUUACCAACUGGAGAAAAGGACCCCCUCAACGUUCAAGGCCUGGAAAGAACUGCAUUUUGGUUCAAAGACAAGGGAGAUGGCACACCAAGGACUGUAGGAAGGGCAAACCUCACAAUUACGUGUGUUCCAGGAAACUCUAAAUGCAACUGGCCCCACAGGUGCUCAGCUGGGAUUUCUUGCCUAUUUAUUUACAGGAUUCGUAAAUAUUGCCUAACAGAAAACAAAUUGUCGUUGCUGACUAGAUACAUCUCUGUGAUUCUAUUGAAAAUGAAACAGAUGAAUAGGUCUAGGAAGAUUGGUAAAUUAAUAUUUCUUAGAAAAGGAGAUACAAUUUUUGUAUCUCAAUGCCUUUCAAAAUAAAUGCCUGUAGUAUUAUAAGAUGUAAGAUUUGCUUAUUCCAUAAGAUCCUCACCAUUACCUACUCUAAAUCUCAGGCAGCUCUAACUUUAUAAUCCUCGUUUUUUUGUUUGUUUGUUUUUGUUUUUUGACCUAUUACCUCAGUGAGUCCAUUCUAAAAUCUAUAUUGUAGAUACUCCUCCCACUUCAGUCUGGAUGAAGCUAACCUUACUGAUGCAUUAAGCCAAGGUUGAACUGUAAGUGAUUGGUUUGUCUCUUCAAAGCCAUUUCACUGUGAAACCUGAGAUUAGAAACUGUGGGUGGAAAGGAGAAUUCUCUGUGGUGAGAAGAUGAAAGGUUUUAUAUGGGAGACUCUUGCAGAUGGAGGCUCAUCUGCAAAACUCUCGCUCAGGUGAGAAUUCAGGAGGCUGCCUAUUCUUCAGAGAUGUACCCUUCACCACUCAGGAAACAUCUCCUGUUCCAGUAUGGAUGUUGGCAUUGUAUCCUUCCAAAGCAAAUGCCUGUGUUUCCCCAGCCGUGAGAAAUGUGAUGAAACACAGCUUCUUCAUCUGUGUUUAUCAUAUGAACUGGCACUUCUCAAGGACAUUCAAAAUAAAGAGUGUGUGUAUAAUAAAUGAUGGUUGACAUGUGGGAGAAAAGCACUGCUUCCUAAGACGUGUCCCCACGAACUAUGCUGAAACAGAGAGAAAAAAAUACUGAAAACAGACCUCUGGAAAGCCUAUAUUCUCAGAAGGGAUUUUACUGUGAUUCCGAGUCCUUAAAUCUUUUAUAUUUGCAGAAAUACUAUGUUAACUAGAUUCUCUAAAGGAACAUUACCUUAUUAAUUUAUAAUCUCAGCUGACUGAAACAUUCUUGUAGCAAUGAAGCAUGGUGCAGCCUUUCCAGAACUUCCUUCUGAAAUCGAGGCCUGAUUACGGGGAAUUAGAACUUUACUUCUGAAACAUUCAUUCAACAUUUUCCUCUUUUCAUAAUUACUGAAAAAUAUAGUUGUGCCAAAUGUAACUUGCUAUCCAAGCACCAUGUAGCUUCAGAAUCCGAAUGGGGUUGUCAAGCAGGCUGGAGUUUUGAGGCAGGUUUUAUUUUAAUACCUUGAGUGUUACAGAUGCUAAAAAUGCUUGAAGAAAGUUCAGUAUCUGAACUUUGAAAGACAUAACAAGCUUGUUUUUAUUUCUACUCAUUUGAAAAGGUUUUGAUUCAUAGAAAAGUGCACAAAGAGAGGUUGGGGUAAGACUCAGACAUUCUACCUCUUCCUUAAAUGUAAUUGUGGUUCCCCGGGCUCAACCUUACCUCAGAUGUCACAGGUAGGCUUCAGGUUCGUAUAACAUGCUGCUCUGCUGUGGGACACAAGCAGUCUCUGGUGUUUAAUGAAAAGAUGCCAAAUCUACCCUCGGGAUCAACUUCAUUCAAAUUCCUGUGUCCCACAACUUCCGUAGUGUAGAAAGGCAAGGUUCAGGAGAAACAAGGGUUGUUUACCUGCCGGGUUAGGUUUUAGAGGGGAAAGUAAAAGUUUAAGGAAUGAGGAAUUUAAGAGCCACUGCUCCCUACUGAAACUCUGGAACUAUGUUGACUAUUUAAAGCUGGCAGAACUGUAUCAACUCUGCAAAACCCGGUCAGUAUGGUUGACUUACCAUAAUUUCUGCAAUGAAAAUGAUACUUAACUGUAAUUGAAAUGUUAGCAUGAAGAGAGAACAUUUUGACUUUUCUCACAGAAAUACUAGGCCAACUGUGGUGGUGUAGUGGUAAUACAAUGUUCUGUGAUGCUGAAAUUUCCUGAGAAGGUCAUGAGUUCACGUCCUGAAUAUUCCUGUAUAUGCUAGGUGCAUGUAAUCAUGCCUGUGAUCCUGGCUGGUUGAGGC